AGAAGAAGGGGAUGGUGUCGGAGGCCCUGGAUUCUUAUGGCCCUUACGUUGCACAGGUCAUGGUUCAAAUCAUGUACGCUCUGAUGAACACCAUCGUCAAGGUGGCCCUCGAGGACGGGCUCAACCACUACGUCUUUGUCACCUACAGGCAGCUCGUCGCCACUCUCGCCAUCUCUCCCGUUGCUUAUUUUGUAGAGAGGAAAGACAGGCCCCCGUUGACAUUCAAAGCCACCAUCCACAUCUUCCUUAUGGGACUCCUAAUAACAAUCAAUCAAAAUUGUUACUUCGCCGGCCUGAACUAUACGUCGUCGACUUUCGCAUCGGCGACUAACAACAUAAUCCCCGUCGUCACUUUCAUUUUGGCUUUCUUUCUCAGAAUGGAGGACGUAAACAUAAAAAAGAUCAGAGGCCUGGCGAAGGUGGUAGGGACAGCAACCUGUGUAGGUGGAACCUUGAUUAUGACACUCUACAAAGGAACGCAGCUUCUGCGGUCGAGCUUUUGGCUUCAACAAUGGCAGCUUCUGGGUAGCACGUGGGCUCUAGGUGCAAUACUCCUUUUUGCCAGUGCCUUCGCUUGGUCGGUUUGGCUCACCUAUCAGGCAUGGGUGAUUCCCUGUUAUCCGGCUCAGCUGUCACUGACUGCGUUCUUGUGCUUCGUGGCCACUUGCGAAUGUGCAGCGGUAGCUCUUAUUCUAAACCACGACGUCUCCGAAUGGAAGAUCGGGUGGAAUAUUGAGCUACUCUCUUAUGUAUAUACGGGUUUGGCAUGCUCUGCAUUUGGGUUCUUCAUCCAGAGUUGGUGCAUAAAGAGGAAGGGUCCUGUCUUCUCCUCCGCCUUCAACCCUUUGGCUACUGUCGUUGCCGCCAUCUUGCAGAUAGUCUGCCUCCAUGAAUCUCUUCAUUUGGGAAGUGUAGUGGGAGGGGUUUUGGUGAUAAUGAGCCUCUACUUUGUGCUAUGGGGCAAGGCAGAGGACAAGAAUGAUCAGUUGAUUGUCUCAAGGAGAGCGAGUGGCUUGGAGCAGGUAGAAGAUGUGGUUAUCACGGUCAGGGAGCCCUUGAUCAAGGGGCAACACUCCUGAGCUGCCCUUCAUCUUCAAAACACAAUAUAGAGAGAGAAACAAUUGAACAAACUAAUCGUGAAAUUAUUAUUGUUGUUGUUAUUAUUACUAUUAUUAUUAUCUUUACCUCUGUAAAAAGCAGGCAAUAAGAGCCACCUUGCAACACUCAUCACAUCUCAUGGGUUUCCGGUAA